ACUAAACAAAUAUUUCCCACAUAGUGACAAUCGCGACUAUUUGAAGGCGGAGCUCCCACCGCAUACGCCCCGCCCACUUUGACUAUAUUGGCAUGGUGGUCCAUACCAUUACUGCAAAAUUAUAGGGGGACUUUGAAUUUAACAAACCCAUUUUUUUGCGGGCGUACUUUAUAAUUCAUUAUUUUAGGACACAAUAGUACAUUUUAUGUAUAGGUAUAUACUUAUAUAUUGUGUGAUAAUUCCAUCAUUGUGCGUACGAAGUUACAUAUUUAUGGCACGUUCGCCACACUCAUCGCGUCAUCGCGUCGUUUCCUGUUUCGGACGCAGGUGAAGAGAGUUGGGUAAUGUGAAAGGAUUAAGCAGGUAAUGAAAUAUGGCAACACCGAAGGAUUCGGAGGCACGAGAGAGCUUGGGCAGCAUGCAGAGCCCGGUGCACAGCGAGACCUCGGAGUACUGCGCCAGACUGCAGGAAUGGAUGUGGCAGUAUUACUGCAGCUAUCUGAACUGGCAGAGCUGGAUGGCAGCGUUUGCGGCCCCGUUGCCUCCCUGCUGCAGCCCGCAGACGGAGGCUCAGGGGCAACCGGCUUUGGACGGUCGCAGCUGGUAUUACGCUCAGUUUCUCGCCACAGUGCCCUCUGAUCGCGCUCCCUCCCCGGCCCCGGGCUCCCCGGCUCCCCCCGACAGGCCGGUGCAGCAGCAGAACGGCAACGUUCCGCAAGCAGGUCACGAGUUCACCAUCCCCACGCCCCUGCACCGCUUCUGUGCCGAGGCACUGGAUUUUAUCAUCCUGUUCUGCAUGAAGGCUGCCGUUAUCCUCACCAUCAUGCACCUAAGUGGCAUGAAGGACAUCUCCAAGUUGGCCCUGCAUUUCAUCGUAGAAGAGAUCAACGAGGACACAUCUAUGGAGGAGCUCCAGAAAAUGAUGGUAGUGGCUUUGCUCUACAGGGUCCUGGUUUGCUUUUACGAGAUUAUUUGUAUAUGGGGGGCAGGGGGAGCCACCCCAGGGAAGUUUCUCCUGGAUCUUCGUGUGGUCACGUGCGACUCGGCGGUCCUGGUUCGGCCCAGCCGGGUUCGGGUGUUCCCCGCAUCCAAUGUCUCCCUUUCCGCGUCCAUGGUUCGAGCUCUGAACAAGAACUUCUCCAUCGCUUUUUUCUUCCCGGCCUUCAUCACGUUGCUCCUCUUUCAGCACAACAGGACGGUGUACGACAUUGUGGCCGGCACCAUCGUGGUCAAACGCAGUGGGGCCAGGUGAUGGCUGCUUGGUGCCCCUGCACUGCCCAUUACCUUAAACACAGGACUGGGACAAACCAUUGGGUUGGG